AUGCUGGCGGAGCAGGAGAACCAGGAGAACAUCCCCCCGGGCGGCAAAGCGCCGCCGCCUGCCGCCGCCGGCACCCGCGUGGCGCUGGGGCUGCUGCGGGGCGCCCAGCAGCGGCCCGGGCUCCAGCUGCAGGCGGCGCGGGGCGGCGGUGAGGGCCAUGGCGCGGCGGCGGCGGGGCGGCCGGUCGGCGGGCAGCAGGCCUUCACCAUCCAUGUGGACGAGCCGGACGGGGAGCAGCAGCGGCGGCGGGGCACCCCGGCCACCCAGAAGGAGGAGGCGGCGCUGGGGCUGCGUGCGGCCGUCUGCGCCCUGGGGGAGCGGCGGCCGCUGGCGCCCCUGGGCAACGCCAUGGAGCUGAGCUUCGAUUCUCCAAGUAUCAUGGAUAUUUCAAUCACCUCAGAAGCAGACGAGAAAAAACCAAACGUUAAUAAUGUGCCAGACUACAUCAGUGACAUUCAUACGUACCUUAGGGAAAUGGAGGUGAAAUGCAAGCCUAAAAUGGGUUACAUGAAGAAGCAACCUGAUAUCACCAACAACAUGCGGGCUAUUCUUGUGGACUGGCUGGUGGAAGUCGGAGAAGAAUACAAAUUGCAGAAUGAAACCCUGCACUUAGCUGUAAAUUACAUUGACAGGUUUCUUUCUUCAAUGUCUGUUUUGAGAGGAAAACUUCAGCUUGUGGGUACUGCAGCUAUGCUGCUUGCAUCAAAGUUUGAAGAAAUCUACCCUCCUGAAGUAGCAGAGUUUGUCUACAUCACAGAUGACACCUAUACCAAGAAGCAGGUUCUAAGGAUGGAGCACUUAAUUUUGAAGGUUUUGUCUUUUGACUUGGCAGCUCCAACAGUCAACCAGUUCCUCACUCAGUAUUUCCUACAUCAGCAGACAAACGCUAAAGUGGAGAGCCUAUCAAUGUACCUUGGGGAGCUGAGUCUAAUUGAUGCUGAUCCUUACCUGAAAUACUUGCCAUCAGUUAUUGCUGCUGCAGCAUUUCAUCUAGCAGGCUACACGGUUGCUGGACAAACUUGGCCGGAAUCCCUGUGCAAAGUAACAGGCUACACCCUUGAAGACAUCAAGCCUUGCCUCAUGGACCUACACAAGACCUACCUCAAAGCAGCACAGCACACGCAACAGUCCAUAAGGGAAAAGUACAAGAGUACAAAGUACCAUGGAGUAUCGCUUAUUGACCCACCAGAGACACUAAACUUAUUGUAAUAAUCAAGAGACUGAUCUUUUAAAAGGUGUAUAUUACAAGAAAAUGAUGUACAGUUUUAAACAUGGUUCAAAAUUCUAGAUGUGAUCACUCAGAAUAUUAAUACAGGUUUUGGUGAGCUUAAUUAUGAAGUUAGUUUUAUGUGGUUUUAAUGUAAAUCUUUUGUACAUGCAAUCUUGUUAAAAUAUUUAGCUGGGGUUUUAUAAA